AUGUUUAAACUAUUCUUUCGUUUGAUUAUCCACGCCAACUGCCUAUCCACCUCAAACCAAAACAUAUCAAACCAAGGUCAAGAAGGUCAAGGAUAUUAUUUACCAAGACUGACUGACUGGACUGGACAAUCAGUCUGUUAUGUUAAUAUUGAUCAA